UAAAACAGAGCUCAACCAUCCAUAUAAGAAGACAAUCAACACACUUAGAAAUCAAUCAGAAGCAAGAAAGAAAGAAAUGGCAACAACAAUCAAGAAUUCUCUCAUACCACUCACUUUCUUGGUCUUCAUCAUCAUCUACGGUUUGUGCGAGGAUUGUUCGCUGAACAACAUAAACAUAGGAACGGUGAGAAGCGGAAAAGAGAUAGAAGGGAAGCCAGAGUGGGAAGUGACAGUGAUAAACAAUUGUUCUUGUUCACAGAGCCAAAUCAAGUUAUCAUGUAAGGGAUUUCAGAGUUCAGAAUCUGUGGAUGCUUCGGUUUUUGCAAAGCAAGGAGAUUUCUGUCUCCUUAUUAAUGGCAAUCCCUUGAAAGCUUUCUCUUCUGUUACUUUCUCUUAUGCUUGGGACCCUCCUUUCCUGCUUCUCCCUUCAAGCUCUCUUGCAGGUCAUGAUUGUUCUUGAUGAUGACCUUUCUGAUUCAUCUGCUUUACCAGAAAGCAAUAUAUAUAUAUAUAUACAUGGUGAUUCUGAUGGAAUCAAAUAAUAUAUAUACCCAUGAUUUCGUUUUUUCUUUCAA